GUGUGUAUGUGUGGAGGGGGGGGGGGGGGUAGUAGUUCGUAAUGACUUUUCAGCCUUGAUACAAUUAGGCUGUACAACUAAAAACGGACUGAUCCCUUUGCGCAUGAGAAACUCGAGGGAAUGUGAAAGGGAAGGACAACAAUGCCAUGGACAGUGACAUGGGAAGAUCCCGUUGAGGGUGCACUUGUUUGGUCAAUUUCAUCAUAACGUAUUUAUCCAAUUUAUGAUGGGGUGGUUUGGAUUUUCCUGUUUGCUGUUCGGUGUGUUACUCCGGCCAAGUAACACACAAAACGUUGUGCCUGACGCAGCUCUGAACUGUUGUGAAGGGGACAUCCUGCUCCUGUUGGAUUCUUCAGGAAGUGUGUCAUCCUAUGAGUUCUCUCGCCUGCUGCGCUUCCUGUCUGAGCUGCUCCUCCCCUUCUCACUUGGGCAAGGCCAGGUAAGGGUGGGUUUGCUGCAGGUGGGCACUGAGCCACACCUGGAGUUUGGUCUGGACGCCCACAGCACCCAGCCUGGCCUACAGGGGGCACUGCAGAGAACCAGGCAGCUCCAGGGGGACACCAACACUGAGGCUGCCCUCAUACUGGCACAGGGGCUGCUAGCCAGGACUGGAGCUGUGGAUGAAACAAAGCUCCCUAAGGUGCUGGUGUGGCUAACGGAUGGGGUAGAGCCGGGCGUGGUGGAUGUACCAAUGGCAGAGCUGAGAACGGCGGGUGUGUCCGUGCUGGCUGUCUCUACAGGACAUGGGAACUACCAGGUGCUGCGGAGGGUGGUGUCCGCACCCAUCGAGUCCCACCUGUACUUUGUGGACAUCGAUGACAUCAGCAUCAUCACAGAGGACCUGAGGGAGGUCAUCAUUGAGCUGAUCUGUGCCGAGGGCCUGCGGGUGGUAGAGGUGUCCUCCCACAGUGCCGUGCUGCAGUGGCGUCCUGUCCUCAGCGCCAACACAGGCUUCUAUGAGGUCCACUAUAAUUCUAUGCUGCCAGGUGGCGGGAAGGGUCAGCCUAGUGGCGGGGCCAGCAGCGGGGUGCAGUACCACAGACGGACCCUCCCUGGGGAUGCCAGCUGGGUAAAGCUGAGUGGUCUGCAACCAGACACCAGCUACACUGCCUCCCUCACCCCAAAGUCCAACCAGGACUACCUCAACACCCUCAGUGCCAACUUCACCACACUGCCCGAGGUGUUGAGCCCAGCAGUGGUCACGGUGUCAGACUCAGGUCCUGACAGGGUGCGAGUGAGCUGGGGUCCUCUGCAGCCUGAGCAGGUCCAGAGGUACCAGAUAGAGUAUGGCGCUCUACCCAGUGGACAGGUCCACAUGGUUAUGCUACAUGGACAUCAGAAUACCACUCUGCUCACUGGUCUAGAGCAAGAGACACAAUACCUGGUCACCAUCAGCGCCCUGUACUCCACUGGCAAAGAGAAGGCUUUGUCUGUCAAGGCCUGCACUCAGGAGGUGCUGCCUGCCCUGGCUGACCUCCAGCUGACCCCCGUGGGGCGAGAUGAGGUGCAGGUCCGGUGGAGAGGCCACGAAGAGGGUCUGAGGGGGUACUGGCUCAGCUGGGAGAUGGGUGAGACAGAGAUCCCCUCCCGCCCUGCGUCCUCUUCCCUAUACCUGCUCCCUGGCUCCUUGUCCACGCUGCUCACACACCUGGCCCCCAGCAGCCGAGUGUGUGUGUCCCCUGUCUACCGCACAGCCCUGGGAGAGGGGCUCUGCUGCACCACACACACACAAACUGGUCUGACACUACGCACACAGCCACACACACACACAGGUCUCCCAGCCUUAUAUUGGACUUGAACGAUUUAUUGAAUGGGCACAUUAUAGUUAUUGUAAUUUUAAGGCAGUAGUCGUCUUCAUAUGUCUAACUGCACUCUUGUGCAACAGGAAAGUAAUAACCCCUUUUUCUCUCUCUCCCUCUCUCUCACUUCGAUAGAGCAGUAUUUUGCAGUUAUCAAUGAGAUUUGCCUGCAGUCAGAGAGCUAAAGUGGAGGAAAUGUUUGAAAUUUGAUGUGCUUUAUUGCCACAUCAAUGCUGUGGUACAAUGGAGUCACAUCUCUAUGUUGCUUCAAACCACUUGAUUAUCCAGUAUUCACACCCCUUGACUUUUUCCAUUUUGUUGUGUUACAGCCCAAAAUUAAAUGGAUUAAAUUUAGAUUUUUUUUGUCACUGGCCUACAUACAAUACCACAUAAUGUUUUUCAACAUUUUUACAACUUAUUUAAAAUGAAAAGCUCUAAUGUCUUGAGUCAAUAAGUACUACAAAGAUACAGGCGUCCUUCCUAACCAUUUGCCUGAGAGGAAGGAAACCGCUCAGGGAUUUCACCAUUAGGCCAAUGGUGACUUUAAAACAGUUACAGAGUUUAAGGACUGUGAGGAGACAACUGAGGAUGACUCAACAACAUUGUAGUUACUCCACAAUACUAACCUAAUUGACAGAGUGAAAAGAAGGAAGCCUGUACAGAAUAAAACAUUUUCCAAAACAUGCAUCCUGUUUGCAACAAGGUGUUAAAGUAAUACUGCAAGCAAUUACAUUUUUGUCUGAAGACAAAGUGUUAUGUUUGCGGCAAAUCUAAUACAACACACUACUGACGACCACGCUCCAUAUUUUCAAGCAUAAUUGUGGUGGCUGCAUCAUGUUAUGGGUAUGCUUGUAAUCGUUAAGGACUGGGGGAUUUUUCAGGAUAAAAAAUAAAUGUAAUGGAGCUAAGCACAUGCAAAAUCCUUUGUCAGUCUGCUUUCCACUGGACACUGUGAGAAGAAUUCACCUUUCAGCAGGACAAUAACCUAAAACACAAAUCCUAAUCUACACUGGAGUUGCUUACCAAGAAGACAGUGAAUGGCUGAGUUACAGUGUUGACUUAAAUCUAUUUGAAAAUCUAUGGCAAGACCUGAAAAUGGUUGCCUAGCAAUGAUUAAGAACCAAUUUGACAAAGCAUGAAAACAUUUGAAAAUAAUAUUUUUGUAUUUCAUUUUCGAAAAUGCCUAAAAAUGUGUUUUCACUUUGUUAUUUUGGGGCAUUGCAUGUACACAAUGCAUUUAAGCCAUUUAGAAUUCAAGCUGUAACACAACAAAAUGUGUAAUAAGUAGAGGUAUGAAUACUUUCUGAAGGCCAUGUAAGUGGAUUAUGUUGUAAUUUCAUAAGGAAGAGGGGUCCUGGGUCAUCUGGGUCAAGAUAAAGAAGUGUAGCUUCAGCAUAGAGCUGUUGUGAUCCAAAUGGAUGGAUUCCAUUUCUCUGACUCCAAUGAGAAGGAUUGCCACUGAUGGGGGAUAGGUGGAUGAGGAUGAAGAGAAAGAAGGGUGGAUAGAGGGGAACAAAGAAGACAUAGAACCUCCUAACUUUCUUGAAUAACCGUAUCUUCUCUCCCGUCAUCCAUCUGGUCAUAGUGUGGGCAUGCUGUUACACAUAGGCGUUUUAACUAUUUCUGAUGAAAAAUAUAACUAUAUUCACUUCAUUUUACAACAUGUAAAAUCAAAAUGUACUUGUAUGCUUUCUAACAUAUGUUUUAUAUUCAAUUUUCAGUUUAGCUUCCACAUAAUAGGCUGCAGUCCACAUAUGAACCCAUCAGCCUGGCUCUUGUGAACUUGCUUGUGAAGAUCGCCAUCUAGUGGGACACAUCUUUAACCACAGGCUGUGACAUUCAGGCCUAUUUUCAACUUUUUCAACUCUUUCUCUGCUGCACAGUACACCCCUAAGUGUGAAUAUAUUGCAUUGGUCUCAUAUAGAGGGUAGAUAAAUUGCAAUAUCUUAAAACAGGAAAACAUUUCCUCUCACAUCUCAUCUUCUGGGUCGUUCCAUGUCAUUUCAGCAAGCCAUGACACAAACCAUCUCAGAUUGUUCCGAAAUAAUUUCUGUAGUAAAAAAACAGAUUAGAUAAGCAUUCCAGCAACAAUAUUUUGUUGAAAUAUAAUUUGAUCUCUGAGAAAUUAAACUAAUUGAUUGCAUCCAAAUUGGCCAUUUAAAUGUAUAGGAUUCAUAUAAUAUUUAAUAAAUAUAUUACCUAACAUCCAAAACUUUGUUCUAACAAUGAGUAAAACAUGAGGAAUCCAAAGAAAUUGUCAAAAGUCACCCACAGACUCCCCACACCCCACAACAAUCCAGAGAAGGCUGGUGGAAGGAGCCAUAGGAGGACGGACUCAUUGUAAUGGCCGGGAUGGCAUCAAUGGAACGGAGUCCAACCGGUUGUUUCCAUGUGUUUGGUACCAUUUCAUUCAAUCCAUUCCAGCCAGUAUAAUGAGCCCUACCUUCUAUAUCUCCUCCCACCAGCGUCCUCUGCGCCAAUCUCACCUCCAACAACUCUAUGCAGCCUCAAUGUUAAUAAAGGGAUAGUUCACCCAAAUUACAAACUGACGUAUUGGUUUCCUUACCCUGUAAGCAGUUUAUGGACAAGGUAUGACAGCAACCGAUGCUUUGGUUUAGUUUACCGAGCCACUGUUUCUUUUUAGCAUUUGUGGCACAUAUCCAAUGCAAGUCAACGGUACCUAUAUUAGGAUUUUUACAUUUCAUAUCCAAAUCAUCUAACUAAUAACAGGAACCACAUUUCCAUCCACAAUUUCUAGGCCAGUAAAGUCCUAAAUAUUUAAAAAACAAACAUGACAGCUGUGAUGGAAACAGGAAGUUUCGUUACAAUUGUAUAAAUGCAGACAGAUCAUUAAUUCUUUCGACAUGGUGGGAUCUUUUUGUGUAUGAAAAAUUAAUUGUGCAAGAAAAGGUGGUGCAAAUGACAAAUAUCCAAAACUUAGAAUCACAAAGUGAUAUGGUGUGUGGUCCUCCCUAGGGUUGUGGUGGUCAUGACAUUUUGUCAGCUGUGAUUGUCAAGCGAAUAACUGCCGGUCUCGCGGUAAUUGACCGUUAAUUAACAUAAACACAUUGAGCAUCUCCUGGCUUCCACGCAUAGCCUACAAGCCACUGAUGCAGACCUUUGGAACAUCUACAUUUUAAAAAGUCUAAUAAAUCCAUGUAAUACAGCCUACACCAUCACAAUAAAUCCAUUAUUUAUUUUAGACAAGUCUAAAGAAGUCUAUUUCAGAAUAACAGAAUAGCAGACUCUUGAGUUGUCCUUGUGUUAGGCCCUGAUAUGGCUAUGCCAUAUGGCUAGUUGAUUUAGCAGACACGAUUUUCUUAGAAUUCCAUUCCAUUAUUUUAUAUUAUGAAGAACCAAUUGAAUAAAAUAGAAAAUAUAUUUUCUCUAAAGAUUUAAGGGAGUGCGCACAUGUGACUAUUCUGUGUUGAACAGUUAACAAAGCGGUAUUAUGGUCACCAUAACAGCCCUAGGACUCUUCCCACUAAGACUCGGGAAAGCAUGCAGUUUAUUAGGCUUAAAUUUUAAUUUAAUUAAAUAAAUGAUCAUGAACUUCACAGGGUGGUGAAAGUGCACAGUACAGUGAUGACUUUGAUGCUCUUUUCCAAUAAAUAUUGAAGGUCUUAUUCUGGUGACAUGAUGAUCGAUGCUUGACUGCCGUUUGACAAAUAAAAAUAUUCUGUCUCUUAUCCAUAAUAAUCUCAUCAUGUAGACUCACUAGACUAUCUGCACAGCCUACCCGCACUGCAAGUUGUUGGCUAAAGAGCGCAUGUGCCAAGACCAGUUAGGCACAUUUGCUAUUUUUCUCAACAGUUUUGUUGACAAAACUAUUGAUGGAAAAUGCCAUGGAAACACAUUGAAAACGUUUAUUCAGUAUAUGAAAACUUGAGUGAAAAACUACAUUUUGUGUGCAAAGUCAUCACCUACUAAUUGUUUUUUGGAAACAAGUCAGUUUGGUGGAAAUACACCACAGGUGGGAAAAUGUGCAUAUUUUCUUUAUGUGUAUUUUAGAAUAUUCACAUGAAAAUCUGUUGCCAAUUGGAUGGAAACCUAGCUAUUGAGUUACACAAUACGUGUUUUGGUACAUCAGGAUGAUUUGGACAUGAAGUGUGAAAAUGCUAAUAUAGGUACCAUUGACUUACGUUGGAUUUGUGUCACAAAUGCUAGAAAUGUUGGUGUUUACCUGGUUAAGAAACCAACACUGAGUGGAUUUUUUAAAAAUCACCUAAUAGCAGGAACAGCACCAUCUAGUGGUCAGAACCUGGUAGUAUCAGGAUGUAUAAUUGCACAUAAACCUAACGACUUCAAUUAUGGAUUUCUAUAAACGGGGGACAUCACCAAAUUCACUGAGAAUGCAUUACAUAGGAUAAAGAAACAAUACUCCGAGCCGCAGCUCCAUACUACUUUUCAGACAUAGAGAACUGAUAAUAUAUACUCGUUGUUGGGGUGGUUUUGGUAUAGGGGGUCCGUGGGUGGCUUUUGAGAUUCGUCAUGUGUAUUUCAUUGAUAGUAAAAUAUUUGGUGGAAAUCGGAUUUGAAGUACUAUAUUUAUUGAAUAUUAUACGAAUCUUAUACAUUUAAAUGGCCAAUUUGGGUGCAAUCAAUUCGAUGAAUUUCUCAGAUAUCACCCAAAUAAUUUAGCAGGAUUGUUAAUCUAAUCUUUUUCUAUGAUUUAAAUACAAUCUGAGAUGGUGGGUGUCGAAAUACUUUCUUGUACUUUUUCAAGUGGAACGACCCUUGUAUUCUAUGUACUCAAUGUUAAUAUCAUAUGAGGUAAUAAAACGAGUGUAAAUUG